AUGCCCAAAUCAACAGAUCAGUCGUGGAAUCCUUUUGAGUCCAAUGAUGACAAACGCUCCUCCUUCUCACUCACUGGCAGUUUGAAGUCUGUCAGAAGAGCAGUCAGCGGCAGAGGUAGAAAAUCGGAUAAAGAUGCGGACAAUGAUAGAGAAGUCGAGGCUCUUGAAGGGCAAUUAGCUUCCUCAAGCAUCGACCCACCGCCCGCCUAUACCGAGACAGUAACUGAGAGCUCUGACCAAGGUGCAUCCAGUGCGUCAGUGCAGCAAGCACCGCCGCGUACGCAGAGCAUCUACAGUCGGCUGCGCGGCCCGAACCGCACCCCAUCCGCGAAAGCCGAUAAGUUCAGAUUCCUAUCCGAGUUCGACACCGUCUUCCUCAUCGACGACUCCAGCUCGAUGACAUGGAACGACAAGGGUAACAUAAGACUAAGGUCCGGCGAACUGACUAGAUGGGAGCAAACGAGGAACGUCAUCCAACAGAUCGUGCCUAUCUGCAUGCGGUACGACCAGGACGGUGUUGAUAUCUACUUUCUCAAUGAUCCUUACCAUAUGCACUUUGACGAUCCCCACGAGGAUGAACCCGGCUGGAGUAGGGACCCUGACAGGGCAGAAGGGAAAGCUAGCUAUGCCUACAUCGGUGUCAGCGACGCCAACAACGUCAAGAAAGUCUUCGAUAGCAGAGAGCCCAUGUUAAACACACCUACCGGCAAACGCCUAGGCGAGAUCAUGGACACAUACGUUACCUGCUACCAGGCGCGCAUGGCGAAAGGCCAGAACCCUCCCAAGCCCCUGAACAUCAUCGUCAUCACGGACGGAGAAGCCAGCGACAAGGCCGUCCUCAGAGAAAACCUGAUCAAGCAAGCCGAGAGACUCGACGCCGUCUGCGCACCGUACCACCAGCUAGGCGUGCAGUUCUUCCAGGUCGGCAAGGACGAGCAUGCCGCGCACUACCUGCGCGAGCUCGACGACGGCCUAGGCAAGUAUCGCAGAGGAAAGGAGCUCCGCGACAUUGUAGACUGCGUCACUCACGACCAACUAUCUGGCGAGAGCGGCGGUAGUUCCCAGCUCACGGCCGACGUCAUCUUGAAAGUUGUUCUCGGGGCGGUUAACAGACACCUCGACAACCAGAAGAUUCGCGAAGGCCUUCUGGUCGCCCGCUCUUAG